GCUGCGCGCAAUUUUAAAAUCUACAUUGAAAAGGCCAAUAAAGAUUCGACUUCUUAUGCACCUGCUCUUUACGCUUUGUCUGCACUUACGAUUCAAAAUACCACCCCAACGACAGGUAAUCGGAAACAAGUCACACAAAACUUACGUACUCAACAAGCUUCAAAUUAUUACACAAGAGCUAAAGAAGCGGAGGAAAGAUAUAAAUAUCUUUACGGACGUACCCCUGAUAUGACUGAUGUUAAACGUACUGCGAUUGCACUUUUCGAACCAAAACGUCUAAAAGAAAGUACGAAAUUGGAAAAAGGAUCCAAAAAAGAGGCAGAGAGAUUAAAAAUUUUGCAACGAUUCCUUGCAUCCUCGAAUGGAGAUCAGCAAUAUAAGGGUAAAAAGUGUAAUUCUUGUAACAGCCAAGAGCGAAAAGAUGUAAACGGGGAAUUGGAUAGCGAAAAAAAAUCACAAUUAUUAGUUUGUUCUGGUUGUGGGCGUGCGAAUUAUUGUUCAAAAGAAUGCCAAAAGAAUGAUUGGAAAAAUGGACAUAAACAACAAUGUGCAACAUUGAAAGGUGCAACAUUGAAAGGGGAAACACUGAAAGGAGCAAACAACAAAUGA